GAAAAUUCGAAAACCUCCCAUUCCCCAAAUCUUCAUUGAGAACGCGUUCCACAGGUGUAGCAUGAGCACUCCCAUGGAGGUCACGCUUCAAACCCCUCGAUACGCCGAUAUCUCCGACCAACAAAACGGAGUCGUCGAGGCCUCGGCUCUUCUUCCUCCUCCUCCUCCUCCUGUACUCUCCGAAUACAAGGUCCUCGUCUCGGUUGAAGUGUGCUUGAAACCCUCGAGCACAGCUCGGAUCGACGAUGUCCGUACGUCCAUUGAGAGAAUGCUUGAAAAUAGGAGUUUAAGCUAUGUUGACGGGCCCAUUUCGGUGCCGCUUGAUGAUCCGUUUCUCACAGAAAAUGUGGAAAGAAUCUUUAUUGGUGAUACGGAUGAAUGGGUGUGGAACCAUGAAGUUCUUUUGUUUUGGCAAGUGAAGCCUGUUGUGCAUGUCUUUCAGCUUAGUGAAGAGGGACCGUGUGAAGACUUAAGCGGAGAUGGCCAACUUUCUACCUUCAAUGAAUGGAUUCUUCCUGCGAAGGAAUUUGAUGGCAUGUGGGAAAGCUUAAUAUUUGAAUCUGGUCUCAAGCAAAGGUUGUUACGGUAUGCUGCAAGUGCAUUGCUCUUUUCUGAAAAGGGUGUUGAUCCUUUCCUUGUGUCAUGGAACCGCAUUGUUCUUUUACAUGGACCUCCAGGAACAGGAAAGACAUCUUUAUGUAAAGCAUUAGCCCAAAAGUUAUCUAUACGAUUGAACUCCAGAUACCCGCAGUGCCAAUUGGUUGAAGUUAACGCACAUUCUUUGUUUAGCAAAUGGUUCUCUGAAAGCGGCAAGCUGGUUGCAAAACUUUUCCAAAAAAUUCAAGAAAUGGUGGAGGAAGAAAACAAUCUGGUAUUUGUUUUGAUUGAUGAAGUUGAAAGUCUCGCUGCUGCUAGAAAAGCAGCUUUGUCUGGUUCUGAACCUUCAGAUUCUAUUAGGGUUGUGAAUGCUUUACUAACUCAGAUGGAUAAAUUGAAAUCAUCGCCAAAUGUGAUAAUUCUGACUACUUCCAAUAUAACUGCUGCAAUAGAUAUCGCUUUUGUUGAUCGAGCUGAUAUCAAAGCAUAUGUCGGUCCUCCUACACUUCAAGCUCGUUAUGAAAUUUUAAGGUCCUGCUUGCAGGAACUUAUGCGAAAGGCAAUACUAUCAAAUUUUCAGGAUUGUGAUCACCUCAUACUUCCCAAUUAUACCAGUAUGAAAGAGAAGUUGAAUAUGCCUGGGACGCAGGAGGUUCAGACACCAUUUCACCUGUGUAAGCAAUUGCUUGAAGUUGCAGAAGCUUGUGAGGGAUUGAGUGGACGAGCUUUGAGAAAGCUUCCAUUUUUGGCGCAUGCAGCUAUCUCCGAUCCUUAUGAUUGUGACCCUAGCAGGUUCUUGUGUACAAUGAUAGAUACAGCAAAAAGGGAGAUCUCCGAGCUACAUGACUGAGUUAAUGAGUUUUAACUCCAUGUAAAAGAUAAUGUAUUUAAUGCCAAGCAUGAAAGAAUGGUUGUAUCCACUGCAUUGAGUUGCCAUUUUUGGUCUCCAUUUGUGCUGCUGCUGAUGAUCUUCACAAUGUGAGAUAUGUUUACUCAUAUCAAGAUAAAUGAUUUCGAUCCAUCAAGAAUCUGAAGUCAUCGUUCUAUGGAUGUUUAGACCCCACCAGACGAGUCCUUGCAGGCGAAGUUGUUACAUAAGCAGGAUACUUUUCUUCCUACCCAUCUAUCCUGAACCCAGUCCUAAUGAAAGUAUGAUACCUAAGCCAAAUGAACAGCUAAGUGGCUUAUGCCUUCCCUCUGUUUUCUGUUUUCUCAUGUAGAAAGGCCUGACAUCUUAGUCAUGAACUUGCAUGUGAAAUGAGAAUUAAGUACCCUAAACAACUGAGUCCUCUCUUGGAAAAGAGAUUUUUGAAUCUGAAUUGGAAAGCUUGCAAUUAUUUGAA